GAUCUUAUUCCAUCAAAGAACUGAAAAGUCCUUCUUAGCAUUGCAAAUAUAGAGUUUGUCUUAUUGACAUUUUCACUGAUAUGUCUGUCAAAGUUGAGUUCAGAGUCAAUAAUAAUACCAAUCUCUUUUUCUUUUUCUUUUUUUACUUUUUGUAGGGGUUUUCAGUAUUUUCAGUACUUUGAUUACUUUUUGUAGGGGUUUUGAUUUUAGUGUGUAUAUAACAUACACAUAUCUGUGUAACGUCGCCGUAGGGAUAUAAGAGAGAUGACUCUGAAUAAAGUACACUGAAGUUGGUUUACAAGUUUAUUUACAAUAUUUACACAUGAUUAAAGUUCACACCAAACAUUCCAGAAUCACACACACUUUCAUGUAAAGUAAUUCACAAUCCAACACCUCUUUCUUAUGUUACAUAAUAAUACGACAUUCCUCGCGAGGAGCAAUGUUAUAUGUAAACAAAUGACUAGCGCUAUUAAAUAUGAACAAAACAUUAUAAAGUGAUUAAAUACCGCUACAACUGGUUCUGGUCCGGGUUUACCAAUAUGCUUGUGCUUUCAUUUUUCUUGAUGAAAUUUCAGUAGCCAGGUUUCACUCCAUAUUGAAAGUUUAUUAAAGUCUGUUUGUAGUUAUACUACAUAUCGUUCGUGUCGCUAAUGAUGCUGAAGAUCUUUUUGUCGUCGGCGAACAGGCAUACAUCGGAGUCAACCAUUUUGGGUAAGUCAUUUAUGAGUAUGACGAACAACAGCGGUCCCAAAACGAAUCCUUGUGGAAUCCCAGAUGUCAUGUUUGACCAGGAUGAGUACUCAUUAUUCACGUAAACUUGCUGGACUCUAUCUUAUAGAAAGCUGCUUAUCCAGCUAGAUAUUGGUUCCUCAAUGCCAUAUGCUUUGAGUUUGUUCAUCAAUUUUUUAUGUGGUACUGUAUCAAAAGCUUUCAUGUAAUUCGUGUAUGCAACAUCUACAUAUUUCCCUUUAUCUAGAGCUUCUGUCCAUCUACCAAGUACGUUUAAAAGUUGGAGUGACGUAGACCUUCCCGAGAUGAAUCCAUACUGUCGGAAGUUUAUAUCCCGAAACAUGUCCCAUUGAAUCUGGAUUAUGAAUAAAUACAAGAACGUUCUGAUUGGUGAGGCAGCUAGCGGCUGGAAGCAGUUGAUUGGACGAUUUCACUGGUUGGACGACAAUGAGAUUGCAAUGCAUCUGAUAGAUGUCCAUGAACAACACUGUAAGGGGUCAUGUCCUUUAGAGAGUAGAAUGUCCAGGGCUGGAGAAACUAGAGCAGACCAGUAUACAGGACAACCGUCAAUGUCCAGGGCUGGAGACACAGAUGUAACAAAGCACAAGGAAGAACAAGCAGACCUGUCUCUUGAUUUGGAAGUUGAUGAGGGUGCAGAAUCUGUCGAUGAGGGUGCAGAAUCUGUCGAUGAGGGUGCAGAAUCUGUCGAUGAUGAUUCAAGUGGGGAGAGUGACCAUUUAAUGAUCAGUGAUGAAGAAGUUGAUGUAAAACUAGUACCAGAAUUUAUGGAUUACAUCCCCCAAAACUCUGGAUCCACCUGCCUACGAGAAGAUGACUUCCUCCUUCCAUCAACUAACAAAUCAACAGACCCAGGGGGAGAUAACCUCUUGGAUACACUGACCACUGUGAAACAAGAACCAGUGGGAGGUAACUCGGGGAGUACUGUGAUACAAAAUGUAGCAUGUGUCAGACAUACAGAGGCAGACAGCAGUGCAGUGAAAACUGAACCAGGCUUAAGUGUAGAAGAACAAUAUCCACAUCCUCUAUCAGGGAUUCAGAAUUCACUAGAGACCAGCAGUUUUUCAAUGGGUAUUACUUGGCCUUUACUUAACACUGAGAAAUUCCAUCAGAAGAUACUGAACUCAGCGAAAACAGAGAAUGAACUUCUUCUCUCAUCGUCGGGGCCUGUCUUAAGGCUAAAAACACCACAUACAACAAAUUCUUUGGAGUCGUCUGAAAUUUUCUACAAUGCUCAAGAUAUGUGUGGUGUACCAAUUGUUUCCAGUCAAAGUGGCAGGACAACACAGAAUAUAUCAUUCCUGAAAGCAAUACCUAGUGAUAAUUAUUUAACAUCACCACCUCAUUCACUGACUCCAAGGACAGGAAGUGUUGGAUCCCAGACACUGAGGACAGCGACACCUAGUGGUGGUCUGAGUCAGUCAUCUCUAUCCCAGACACUGAGGACAGCGACACCUAGUGGUGGUCUGAGUCAGUCAUCACUAUCUCAGGCACUGAGGACAGCGACACCUAGUGGUGGUCUGAGUCAGUCAUCACUAUCUCGGGCACUGAGGACAGCGACACCUAGUGGUGGUCUGAGUCAGUCAUCUCUAUCCCCGACACUGAGGACAGUGACACCUAGUGUCGGUCUGAGUCAGUCAUCACUAUCUCACACACUGAGGACAGCGAAACCUAGUGGUGGUCUAAGUCAGUCAUCAUUACCACUGACAUUGAUUCUUAAAAGAGCCACAGGUGGCCUGUUCAUGAUAAGACCACCGACCCCUAACAAUAAUGAACCAAGUUUUAGUGCCAGACAGCCUCACAUUCUGAACACUAAGACACUAAGUGAUAGCUUACUUAGUCUGCCUGCUCCUUAUUUACCACAGUUUAACUUAACAUGUAGUUCAGGAGGAGAUGUACCACCACAGCAAUCAUCAUCAGACACAGCAGUCAGUAGAACAUUGAACUCAGGAGGGCAGCCAUUGUUGUCCACACCUACAGAACGAAUGAUAAUUCCCAAGGAAACAGAUGAAAAGGAGAACCUACAGUAUGGAAGAAGUUCAUCAAACGGUAGGGAGACCAAGAAGAGGCCCUUCCCCUACAGUGAAGAAGCAGGAUGUUACCAGUUUGACUUGUCAACAGAAAUCGAGGAGGAAAUCUCCAAACUAGCGAGGAAAGAAACAUUGGAUUCCAACAAGUUCCGAAGCAAGUUAACUCACAAGAAAACUGCAGGAGACAUCAGAUUGCUGUAUGUGUAUCUGCACAGCAUAGGAGAACAUCAGAAAAUCCACAAAAUUCCACCCAGGGAACUGGACUUCCAUCUCCACAAAUUUUUCAAUUGUGUUCGAAAAGGAAAUGGUGAGGAGUAUGAACCAUUUAGCCUUCGAGCUAUGGCAGAUAGUUUUGAACGAUAUCUGAAAAGCUACAACUAUGGCUACAGCAUUUUUCAGAGCAAGGAGUUUACCUGGACCAAAGAAGUAUUACAGGACAGGAUGAAACAGCUGGUGGAGAAUGGAAAGGGAAACUUUAACCAAAGAUCCCACACCCUCACUGCCACAGAUGUUGAUAAACUGUUUGAAUCAGGUCAGCUGGGAAAUAGAAAUCCUGCUUGCUUGCUAAGGACAAUGUGGUUUAUUAACACGGUGUAUUUAGGUAUCAAAGGUAGCAAAGAGCAUCAUCAACUGAAAUGGGGAGACAUUAAACUAUGUUGUGACAAAAAAGAUAAUUUAGAAUUCUUGGAAUAUAGGAGACGGGAAACUGCUGCAGGCUGCGUAAAGUCCAGACAAGGACAUGUGAGAGUCGUGUUUGCCAACACGAUGGAUGUGUCACGUUGUCCUGUGGCGCAUUACAAGCUGUACAGAGAUUUGAGACCUCCCGGUUACAGCAAUCCAGGAGAUCCGUACUAUUUAGUAUCUACCUCUGGUGUUGUACCUGAGAGGUGUUUCAGAACCCAAUCUGUUGGUGUCAACAAGCUGAAUAAAUUCAUGUCAGUCAUGGCUAAAAAUGCAGGUCUGAUUAAUGAAAAUCAGAAGGGAAGACGAUUCACGAACUUCUCGGCCGUGAAGUACCAUGUACUGAAGGAGAAAAUAUCUGUGUUAGCCGAGACAGAACGAGAGCCCUUCUGUCAAGUGCGUAUAUCUACAAAACCUAAUACAGCUCCACUAUGAAGUACGUACUACAAACUAAGAUAGCGUAACGUGGUGAAAGAAAGAAGACCAUGCAAAUAAGACGGAGCUCCAUAUUGAAAUUCAACACACAAAAUAUUAAAGAGAGGAGGACAGAGCUGUGUCGUUUGUAUUAAAUAACACAAACUAUAAAAAAUGGGAUGGCGUUUUGCCACAACCGUUUUGCCACAACCUAAAACGAAGUUACGACUACAGACACCAGUACAGUACACUAAGGACUGUAUUAGAACUCGUUCAGCUGCCACGACUUGUUGUUGAUUAUUGUUAUAUCUUUCUUUGUUGGAAUAAAAUUGCCAAAUUCGA